AUGACAGGAUUGAACCCAACUCUCCUCCAACGAGUAGCAGAACUGGAAAAAACCAAUGCCGAAUUUUUACUUACGAAGCAGCACCUUGAGCAAGAAUUUAAUCAAAAGAGGGCAAAAUUUAAAGAGCUCUAUCUAGCUAAAGAAGAGGACCUGAAGAGGCAAAAUGAAGUAUUGCAGGCAGCGCAGGAUGAUCUGGAGAAGCUGCGGACGCAGCUCACAGAGGCCCAGGCGGAAAUGGAGAACAUUAAAGCCGUUGCCACCGUGUCUGAAAACACCAAGCAAGAAGCCAUUGACGAGGUGAAGCGCCAGUGGCAGGAAGAGGUCGCCUCCCUGCAGGCCAUAAUGAAAGAAACUGUCCGUGACUAUGAACUCCAGUUUCAUCACAGGCUGGAGCAGGAGCGGGCUCAGUGGAACCAGUACCGGGAAAAUGUGGAGCGGGAAAUACUGGAGCUCAGGAGGCGGCUUUCGGAAGGCCAGGAAGAGGAAAACUUAGAGAAUGAAAUGAAGAAGGCCCAGGAAGAUGCCGAGAAGCUUCGCUCCGUGGUGAUGCCCAUGGAGAAGGAGAUCACAGCUUUGAAAGAGAAGCUGACAGAGGCUGAAGACAGGAUAAAAGAGCUGGAGGCUUCAAAGGUUAAAGAACUGAAUCAUUAUUUGGAAGCUGAGAAGUCCUGCCGGACCGAUCUGGAAAUGUACGUGGCUGUCCUGAACACCCAGAAGUCGGUUCUGCAGGAAGAUGCCGAGAAGCUGCGGAAAGAACUUCACGAAGUUUGCCAUCUGUUGGAGCAGGAGCGUCAGCAGCACAACCAGCUGAAACACACCUGGCAGAAGGCCAACGACCAGUUCCUGGAAUCCCAGCGCCUGCUGAUGAGGGACAUGCAGCAGAUGGAGAUGGUGCUCACCUCGGAGCAGCUGCGGCAGGUGGAGGAGCUCAAGAAGAAAGACCAGGAAGAUGAAGAGCAGCGACGAAUCCAUAAAAGCAAAGCAGGCAAACAUCAAGGUUCUGAAGAAGAAUCCAAAGUAACGUGUUCCAUGGCACAGGAUGAAUCCCUUCCGCAGUUCCCUGAAGAGGUACAUCUAAACAGCACUCAUGGUUCAGUCCAUUCACUAGACACGGAUGCGCUGCUGUCUUCGGGAGAAUCUCUCAAGUCAGACAACGACCUGUUUAAGGAGGGGCUGCGCAGAGUGCAGUCGACGGACAGCCUGGGGACGUCGGGAUCCUUACAGGCCAAAACUCUGGGCUACAAUCACAAAGCUAAGUCGGCCGGGAAUCUGGACGAGUCCGACUUUGGACCUCUGGUGGGGGCCGACUCUGUGUCAGAGAACUUUGACACGGCCUCUCUGGGUUCCCUGCAAAUGCCUGGCGGUUUUAUGCUCACCAAGGACCAGGAGAAAGCCAUUACAGCCAUGACGCCGGAGCAGGAGGAGACGGCUUCCCUCCUUUCCAGCAUCACGCAGAGCGUGGAGAACGCUUACGUCUCUCCGAGUGGCUACCGCUUAGUGAGUGAAACGGAAUGGAAUCUCCUUCAGAAAGAGGUGCAGAACGCCGGGAACAAGCUGGGACGGCGUUGCGAUAUGUGCUCCAACUACGAGAAGCAGUUGCAAGGCAUCCAGAUCCAGGAGGCGGAGACGAGAGAUCAGGUGAAGAAGCUUCAGGCGAUGCUGAGGCAGGCCAAUGACCAACUUGAAAAAACCCUGCGGGAGAAGCAGGAGCUCGAGGAAAGCAUCCAGCAAACCACGGAAGACUCAGGAAACCAGAUCUCAUCGCUUCUUGCCAGAGCCCAGGAGUCCGAGGCCUUGCUGGGCAUGCUGCAGCAGAACUUUGCACAAGCCAGGAGAGACGUCCAAGACCAAAUGGCCGUCCUGAUGCAGUCGAGAGAGCAAGUCUCGGAGGAGUUGGGGAGGUUGCAGAAAGAAAACGAAAGCCUUCAAGGGAAACACGGCCUCCACGCUUCUUUGCAACAGGCUGAAAACUUCAUCUUGCCAGAAUCUGGAGAGGAACUCCGUGACCUGGCGCUCAAGUACCGCGAAGACAUCAUUAGCGUGCGGACCGCCGCCGACCACCUGGAAGAGAAACUGAAGGCGGAGAUUUUGUUCUUAAAAGAACAGAUCCAGGCCGAACAGUGCUUGAAGGAGAAUAUCGAGGAGACCCUGCAGCUGGAAAUUGAGGGCUGCAAGGAGGAAAUAGCGGCUGCCUCCAGUUUAAGAGCAGAACUGGAGCGGAUAAGAGGGGAGAAGGAGGAGCUGGAAUCCACGUUAAAGGAGAAAACGCAGCAGCUGGAAAUCUACCAGGAGAGGAAAAACGGUCUUGAAGAGCAGCUGAAAAAGGAGGCAGCCGCAAAGGCGGCCCUCGAACAGCUGAUGUUUGAGGAGAAGAACAAGGCGCAGCGGCUGCAGACGGAGCUGGACGUCAGCGAGCAAGUCCAGAGGGACUUUGUGAAGCUCUCCCAGACCCUCCAGGUCCAGCUGGAACGGAUCCGGCAGGCCGAUUCCCUGGAGAGAAUCCGCGCCAUCCUCAACGACACAAAACUGACAGACAUUAAUCAGCUGCCUGAGACAUGACACCCUCGACGAGCGGGGCUCUUAAGGCGGUAUUUGGGGGUUUACAAAAGAAAGAAAAAAGAAACCCCAUCUUUAUAACGAAACAUUUAAUAAUUAUUAUUUAACUCUAACCGAAAGAGUGGAAGAUGACACAAGGGAGCUGUGAUCCAGGCAGUGUUUCUGGAAAGGAGGACGAGAAGGCUUUGCGUGGGGCACGAGGAGAAAGGGUCAGACCCAGAACAAGAGGUGCAGGACACUUUUGGGGGGGGGCAGGGGGAUUCUGUUGUCUCUUGGAAUGACCGCCCUGUCUUUCCUGUUCUGCCUCUUCCCCACCUCCAGUCACUUUUUGCUUAACCCAGCUCUGGAAAAAUGCCCCCCCCCCAGUUUAAAGAAAAAUGCUGCAGUGGGAGUCCAGAUCUCAUUCCCCCCCCCCACAGUCCCCCUUUGUGGAGUAAAGCUCUUGAACUGACCAGCAUGUGUAGCCGGGAGCAGGCGGGCAGAAAGGGGAUGAACUGUGUGAAUAUUUUGUAUUAAAAUAUGAAUUCAUUUGCA